AUGUCUCAGCCUGCCAGCGCAGUUCCGAAAUGCAUGACAGCUCGAGCUAAAAAUGCUACUCAGCAUCCAGGACAUAUUCUGACUGGGGGUGAAGACCGCGCAAAGAGAUGUACCAAAGCUCAAAAGUCCACUGACGACCAGCUUGAAAAAGAAGCAAAGGAGGCAAGUGAAACAGCUGUGCAAGAAAAGCAUAAGCGCGUUGCCACAUUUCAGAAACAGAUGGAGACCGACCAAGCUGCAAUGCGUGCUGAUGCACCCAAGCCAAGUCGUCCUUGUCCAAGCCCAGUAAAGAAGGGUGUGAAAGCCUCAGACACCUCCAACAUGACUACGGCGGGUGGUCAGGAAGGUGCAGGCAUUGUCGCUGAUAAGGAUGUUGGUGCCGAUAAGGCUGUUGGUGCCAAAGUCAAGGGCGGCAGGGCUAAAGGUAAAAUGACAGCUGGUGCUGACAUCGGGAAUCCUAGGAGUGAACAGGAGUUGGAGGCGCAAGUGCCAGGGACACACAAAAUGAAGGGGAGGAAAGUAAUCCCAGUGAAGACACCAGUGAGAAAUGUGAUUGAAGCAGCAGGCCUUAUCGAUGAAUCAACAGAGGCACCUCCAUACCAGCUCCUAAAAAAUUCCAACUUGCUGGGUGUAUCCCGGACUGGGCGAUCGAACAUUCCCGCUGGUGGUUCAAAGCCGUCCUCCAAGGCCAGACAUUCUGCAGUGUCUUCCAUCCAAGAGUCCGCUAUCUCUAGUUCUUCUCCCUCCUCUAAGCUCACCAGGGGAACCACUAUCAGUAGCAGCAGUGCCCCGCUCACGUCAAUCAGUAGCAAUUUUGAUGCUGGGGCUGACAAAUUGACAGGUCUUGCUAUUUCUACCCUGUUUGAUGACGAUGAUUUAGAUGAAUCAAUCGAGCACUCUCGGGCUCUUUGUCGGAUGUCAAAAUUGAGGGCUACUCAGGGUGCCAAGAUUUCUCCCAAUGUCCCUGGCGCUGCAGUGCCCACAAACUUAGCCCCCCACAAUGCCCAUCUGGCACCCAAGCAGCUCGCCGUGAUCAAACCUGAUGUCAUCUAUGAUGAUACCUUCACGACCCCGAACAAUGAUUUUGAAAUGGACGCUGAGGCACCUGCACAGGCUCCCCUACCUGCCCUGGUUUUUUAUAAAUCCAACUCGGAUUCAGAAUCUGAUCUCGAACCACCCCCUUCUCCACAGGUUCCCAAAGGGUAUUAUAACGUUGACCCCCGGCCUCUCGCCCAAGCCCACACAUCCCACCCUACCAUUCCAGCAACACGUGUAAAGCGGAAAUUCGCAGAUGUCGAGGACGCGGAUAUCGAGGACGCGGAUAUCGAGGAUGCAGAUAUUGAGGACAACCUGAUGGAGGACAACCUGAUGGAGGACAACCUGAUGAUUGAGGACAACCUUAUGAUCGGCGAGGACGACCCUAUGAUCGAGGACAACUCCUCAUCCGAAAUUGAGAUUGUUGAUCACCACAAGAAGACCGUGGUCAAGACCGAACCCAAACCUGUGUCCUUGCGGGUAACGUCUGGGGUAACUGGUGUCGGUGUCAAUCACAAAGCCCCCGUUGCAAAGAGGCCAAAGCCCUCUGGUAAAAACACUCAGAGUGUUUCCCGUAUCACAACCGCCGAAACACCUGAUCCCACGAACCCUGACGAGGUUAUAGUGGAGAUCCUCCCCCGCUCUCAUUACAGGAUCACGAACCUCCCUGGAGGUUCUCGGGCAACAACUAGGUGGAGUAGCAUGUUUAUACCUACUCUCAUCCUCACCAUCAGAGAUCAGGACAAGGUCUGGUCUAUUCCUGAGAUGACCCUCCACGAUAUUCUGCAGGACAUUUGGAAUGUGGUUUACGGGGAUAUCACACAUACAGUCACUACAAACGGACCUGUCAUUGCCAUAGCUCUCCAAUGGCUGUCCGACUGGCGCCAUAACAUUGGUCAUUCCGCUGUCUCGUUGGGAUUCCUGUAUGGUCACAUUACAGAGGAUGGAAAAUUCCAAAAACCUUUUCAGUCUGAUCUCAUUCUCGAGGUCCUCGUGCAGCAUGGUCAUAGUACUUCGGGCGCUAUCAACAGGCAUAGGAGUCCGACAGAUAUAACACAUUUGGAACAUGCCCUCAAAAUUAUCGGGCAUCACCCCACACUCGGCAUCAACAGUAAAGGGAAGGCUGUUAAGGUCCCCCACACUCUCAACAAAGCCACAGGCAAGGAUAGCGGUUCUCGGAGUGCCUUUUCGGUCACCAACUUCGGUUCAGCAACCAGGAACUAUAUGAAGUCUAUCAACCGCCUCGAAGAGUCAAUCGUCCAAGAACUCUGGGGACGUGCGAAGGCACUCGCUGCCACGAGGGGGCGUAAUGCGCUGGUCGUUCUGGACGACGACUCCGAUGACGAGCGUGCACUCAUCUUCUGGUGGCUUCUGGUCGCAACUAACGAUUUUUGGUACUACUAUUUGUAG